AGGGGAGCUCGGCGCCUGCGAGACUCGGGGUAGGCCACCCUGCAGCGCACGCAUGCACUUCAGGCAAGAUGUUGCCUACCAAUCAGGCGCAAUGAGGAGCUUCCAGGAAUACUACUUUCCGGAUGACGCCGCCUUGUCGAAACUAUCCAGGAUCAUAAAGAAUCAGGGAUCUGAAAGGUGUCUGGGUCACGCUACCCAGUCCUCUGUCGGGCGGACAGCAGCGGGGUGGCGAUCCACUGAGCCCCCGGGCUGGAGGGGCUGGAGUGGUGCGUGCGCGGAGUGCAACGGUGGGGCGGCGGGAGCCCAGUUACCCAGGUAACGCACUGCCAACAAUCUCCCUCCCACUGCAGCCCCCUAGACGCCCCCGCAGCCGGCAUGUAGACGGGCGCACCCGGCCGGAGAGCAUCGGAGCGCAGCGCAGCAGGAGCAGCUGGUCCACUCCCUCGGUACCCGUGUUGGCACCUCCCGGUGGUGGCAGCCGCCAUGUCGACGCAGCUGUCGCUGUCGUCGCAGCUGAAGCCGCUGCAGCACCUGAGCAAGGCCGACUGGCAGGCGGGGGUGUGGGCGCUGCGGCAGUGCGGCCAGACGGCGCGCCACGACGGCUUCCGCUUCCGCAAUGACGCGCGGACGCUGCGCAACGAGACGCGCGUCCGCACCAAGUGGGACGCCUACCACAACGACUGCCGGCUCGCCGACCGCGUCACCGAGGUCGGCCGCUGGCAGGAGAUCCUCGGCCGCUGCCUGCGCCAGGUGGAAGCAGAGCAGCGAGACCUGGCCGCCGAGAAGGAGAUUUGCGAGCAGGAGCUGGAGAGCAUCGCCACGUGUUUCUUGGUGGAGGCCGAGUGCCAGGCCAUCAUCGACCGGCGGGUCGUCCCGGACCUGGUGGACGCCGAGCGCGAGCAGGAGCUCAAGGAUGAGAUCGCGGCGCUGGAGGCGCACAAGGCCAUGCUGACGGAGCGCUGCCACGCAGCCUUCGAGCAGCACAACCGCCUGGAGGAGGCAGCCUGCAGCCUGCGGCAGGCUACCCGCGACCAGGACGACACGCUCGAGAUCGACCACGACAACUUGGCGCGAGACCGCAGCUGCGCCGGCAUCACGUUCAAGCCCGACCCCACCGAGAUCGUCAACAACAUCGUCCCGUACGAGUCCUGGCUCGACCACUGCCGUUGCACCAAGCUCCGCGGGGACAACGAGCUCGCCAGCAGCGCCAAGCUGCGCGAGGCCAUGCAGGUGGCGCGGGCCAGGGCCAGGAACGACCUCACCGCCCACAAGGACGCGACCGAGUUCGCCAUGCGCAAGUGCGUCUACGAGACUCAGCGAGCUAAGAACGAGCUCGAAUGGCAAAAGAUGAACCUCAAGGAGGCCAUGGCACGGCUGCACAAGGAGAUAGCGGACCUGACCAACGCGCUGCGCGACAAAACAGAGUGCCUGAUGCUGGCCGAGACCCGCCUUGAGAACCGCAAAUACCGGCCGGGCCUCGAGCAGGCGCGGGACGAGCCCAUGGUAGGGCUGUGCGACGAGGUGCUGCAACUGCGCAGGACCAUGCAAGAGCUGCAGGACCGCCUGGACCACGCAAAGGCAACGUACAACGGCAUGGAGGACCUCCUGGUGGCGACCGAUAAGGACCUGUCGGGUAAGAUACUCGCCCUGACGGCGGCCAUCCACUGCCUCGACACCCACAAGCGCUUCGCCAUGGGCGACGCCGUGCCCUUCCGUACAGAGACCUCGCGGAACGUGGCGCUCACCAAGGUGGAAAACGAAGUGGCUCGGCAUUGAGCCGAACACGCAGGCAGGAUUGGUUGAUUGGGAUCAUACGAAAUUUGUACAUUGCUUCAAGCUGACCAUUAAGGACAGCGAUUUCUCACAAGCACAAUAUAAAUUUCGAAAAAUACUGCACAAUU